CGGGAUGCGGCUGGUCAGCUGGAACGUGAACGGGCUGCGGGCCGCGGCUGGUCCGACGGGGCCGCGGCGGCUGCUGGAGGCGCUGGGCGCGGAUGUGGUCUGCCUGCAGGAGACCAAGCUCGCCCGGGACCUUCUGGAGGAACCGUUGGCUAUUGUGGAGGGCUAUAGCUCCUAUUUCAGCUUCAGCCGCACACGCAGCGGCUACUCAGGUGUUGCAACAUUCUGUAAGACCAGCGCUACCCCGGACGCUGCUGAGGAGGGCCUAUCUGGGCUGUUCACCAAGCACAGCAGGGCAGUCAGCUGCUACGGAGAUACAGGUGACUUCACGCCUGAGGAGCUCCAGGCCCUGGACAGUGAGGGUCGAGCUGUGAUCACUCGGCAUCGUAUUUGCACCUCGGAACAGCAGGAGACCACGCUGACCAUCAUCAAUGUGUACUGUCCCCGUGCUGACCCCGACAAGCCAGAACGUGGGGACUUCAAGCUGCGAUUCUGCCGCCUCCUACAAGCUCGGGCAGAGGCUCUUCUGAGAGCUGGAGGCCACGUGGUUAUCCUGGGAGACAUCAACAUCGCUCAUAAGGCCAUCGACCACUGCGACCCAGGGGAUGUGGAGUCCUUCUUGGAGAAUCCUGGCCGCCGCUGGCUGGACAGUUUCCUGUGGGAGCCGGGAAAGGAUUCCCAGGAUGAGAAAUACUUUGUUGACACAUUCCGUUUUCUACACCCCAGUCAAGGAGAUGCCUACACAUGCUGGUGCAACCUCACCGGGGCCCGACAGACUAACUAUGGCACCCGCAUUGACUACAUCUUGGCCGAUCGUGCUCUGGCUUUGUCGGAGUUAAAGGAUGCCCAGCUCAUGCCAGAAGUCCUGGGCUCUGACCACUGCCCUGUGCAAGCACUGCUGAGAGCCAGCUUCCUGCCUGCUCGCAUUUGCCCACCACUCUGCACCCGCUUCCUGCCUGAAUUUGCCGGCACCCAGCAGAAGCUCAGCCGCUUCCUGGUGAAAGUGGAGCAGACCAGCCUGCUGGAAAAGGGCCAGAAGCAGAAUGGAACAGAACCAAGCCUAGGGUUGGCUUCCAGAAAGAGACAGCCUGGCCUGCCAAAGAAGGGACAAGGGGAUUUGCUCAGGUUCUUCCGAGCCAGUAGUAAGAGCACAGCUGGAGCAACAGACCUAGGCAGGUGCCGACCAAGACUGAGCAUCACCCAGGAGGUAGAGAAGGAACCUGGGAAAGACCCUCCUCUUGAUGCAGCUGAAAAGACUGCUGAGGGUUUGGCAGUGGAAAAAGCCGCCUGUGUGCCGCAGGGGUUCAUCUUGAGUUUGAGCAAGGAGCCUGACGUGACUAUGACUGGUGAGGAAGCUAAGAAUUGCAGGAACAGUUCAGCUCCUUCCAGACUAAACCAAUCUGCUGCCCUAUGGAAAUCCCUGCUGCCGGGCCCCGCUCCCCCUCCCCAGUGCAAGGUCCACGGGGAGCCCUGUGUUCUGCGGACAGUGAAGAAACAAGGCCCAAACUGUGGGCGGCGCUUCUAUGUCUGUGCCCGGCCUCUGGGGAAGCCGUCUGAUCCCCGCGCACGCUGCAACUUCUUCCUCUGGGCUACUCGGGGGAAUCCGUAAAUUAGGGUGUUGGUUGACUUGAGAGGAUGCCGGCCUUGGUGGCCUCCAAUGGGAAAGGGAAGAGCUUCACCUCUAAUAUACACGGCCAGGGUUUGGGCAUCUCUUAAGUAGGGAGGUACCCAUAAUGACACCAGGGGCUGAGGCUUUGUGCCAAGUAGUCUGAGUGGUCUAGCCUGGAAUUGUUGGGACGUUCCUUGGAACGUGCAUGUAGAAAGUUGCUACCCAUGUUGCAAGGGAUUGAAGCCCUGUCUUGAACCUCAUGCAGGUUUGGAAGUCUUUGAUCUAGGUCUAGAGUCCAGGAAUACUCUUUCAACUGCAACACUUUAAGAACUAAUCUUCAGUCUUGCAUAGAUCUUGGUGUUAAGGCAUCCCACAAAUCUUGACUUUUACAUGCAGGCCGACCUAGCCUUUUGUAAACAAGCAGUUCAGAGUGGUUCCCCACUGGAAGCGUGCUUUAAUGUGGGUCUUCUGGCCCCAUCCAGCUUGGAUGUGGGCCUGUUGGCAGCAUUUCCCCCCUACCCACCCAAUAGUUCUUUUAAACUGAGGUCCCUGCUAAGAGAUGCACAUGGAAUUAUGUAUAAUUUUUUCUUUGUUCAAGGGAAAAAUUUGUUCUACUUUGGAUAAAAUAAACGCAUUGGAAAAAACAA